UCGUCCCUUUAAUUUUUCCCCCGCAAUGGAAACAGCUCAUCCAGCAUCAUCAGGAGCUGCUCUUUGAUCUGGAGCUGGCGUGUGCGCAUGCGCAGCUCAUUGCCUUCGCUGCACUGGCUUCAGUAAGUUGGAUGUGUGCUGUCUUCAUCAUCACAUCCGAAAGCGCAUCAAAACUGUUGCGAUGGAGAGUAUCGGAAAAACCCCACAUAUCAUCUUCUUAUGUCCGCUGAUCGUGGCUGUGGCGUGCGGGCAAAGUAGCAGAGACCCGAGCAAUAUGCCGGUGGUUAAAGACACCGUGGACAGACUCAUGAAAGGAUACGACAUUCGGCUGAGGCCAGAUUUCGGAGGCGCUCCGGUGGCGGUAGGGAUGAAUAUAGACAUAGCCAGCAUAGACAUGGUAUCCGAAGUAAACAUGGACUACACCCUGACCAUGUAUUUCCAGCAGGCUUGGCGAGACAAGCGCUUGUCGUACACGGAGAUCCCUCUGAAUCUAACCUUGGAUAACCGCGUGGCUGACCAGCUGUGGGUGCCCGACACCUACUUCCUCAACGAUAAGAAAUCCUUCGUUCACGGAGUGACAGUCAAGAACCGAAUGAUACGCCUGCAUCCCGACGGCACCGUGCUCUACGGAUUAAGGAUCACCACCACCGCGGCCUGUAUGAUGGACCUGCGGCGAUACCCGCUGGACGAGCAGAACUGCACGCUGGAGAUCGAGAGCUAUGGCUACACCACAGAUGAUAUCGAGUUUUACUGGCGAGGGGGAGACGGAGCCGUCACGGGGGUGGAGAGGAUCGAGCUGCCUCAGUUCUCCAUCGUGGACUACAAACUCAUCUCCAAGAACGUGGUUUUCUCCACAGCAGGUAUCACCACCGUGCUGACCAUGACCACCAUUAAUACUCACUUGCGAGAGACCCUUCCCAAGAUUCCCUAUGUGAAAGCCAUAGACAUGUACCUGAUGUGCUGCUUUGUCUUUGUGUUCCUGGCGCUGCUGGAGUACGCCUUCGUCAAUUACAUCUUCUUCGGGAGAGGCCCUCAGCGGCAGAAGAAGGCGGCGGAAAAAGCCGCCACGGCCAACAAUGAGAAACUCAGGCCCGACCCCAACAAGUGGUUGGUGGGAAGUGUAGUUCAGAGAGACGAUGCUCUCUAUGCCAGAAUGAAACAGAGGGAAAUUGACGGGUAUGACUCGAUGUGGGAUCCGAUCUUUGCCGAGGAUGCAGCAUUAGGACUAGGCGAUCAAAGACUUAAGAUGACCCCCGAUGAUAUCCGGCUGACCACGGUUGAGAUGAAGAAUGAAAUGGGUCCGUCUGAUCUUUCCCGGGGUCUGGGUGACCCGCGUAGCACCAUGCUAGCCUACGACAGCUCCACCCUUCAGUACCGUCGAGCGGCCAUGGCUCGGCAAAACUACGGCCACAGCGCGCUGGAGCGCCACGCCACCCAGAAGAAAAGCCGGCUCAGGAGACGGGCUUCCCAGCUCAAGGUCAACAUCCCGGACCUGUCUGACGUCAACUCCAUCGACAAGUGGUCAAGGAUGAUCUUCCCCACCGUGUUUUCCUUCUUCAACAUAGUUUACUGGCUUUACUACGUGCAUUAAAAGCAUCCGCAGAGCAGAACGGACCAAAAAAGAAAACAAAGAAGAGUAAAAAAGAGAAUAAAACAAUACACCUUUUGCUGAUUUAUUUCAAAUAUAUAGCGUAAAGACUGAGGAAAGACAGUCAAAGUUAAAAAAAAUCAGGAUGGACUCUUUUGUUUUUCGUUCUAAAGACAUUGAGGAAACACAUCGGCGGCGGAACCGGAGAAAAAACACGCAGUACAGGGCUUGCUCCAGAGUUUCAGUAUACCACUUAUAUUUGUCAUAUGUAGAUUACUCUGUGGAUCAAAUAUUUAUGCUUGUCUUUGCAUAUAUUUUAAGGAUUUGUUUUUUGGGUUAGUCGUAGCCAACUGCAUCCGAGAAAGCUUUACAAAAGGAGUCGGUCUUGAAAGUCUAUUUUCCUAGAGUUAAGCUGUAUAUCAGAUAUCUUUUAAAAGCAUGCUUUGGUUUGUUUUCUUUAAAUCAUGCAGAGAGCCGGAGCACAAUGCAUUUUCAGUUGACACUUUAAAGGUUCUUCUGUUCUUUCAAAUGAGUUUGCAGGAUGCAAUGCAAAGACGCUGUCAGGAAGCCAUACAGGGUAUUUUCACAACAGGUCCUUUUACUAUUGCUUUUGGUUUUUUGAUGUUGGGCCAACAAGGAAACUCAGCCCUAUUAAAACAACAGUUUUAUCUGAUGCAGGGGAAAUACGAACAGGCUGGGCCACGUCGAAGGACACAUGGACCAUUACCCUGGUGGUUGGACUGUGUCAGCAGUACCUAGGCCGUGUAAAUGCUAGACAGUCCUCAUCUCUACACUGUAUGAACUUUGUGUGGUGAGCCGCUGAGGGAGAAACGGCUGUUUAACAUCUCUCAAGUGUCUCGCGACACGCAGGGGUAUUGGAUGAGGCCAGUUAGCCUCAACGGAGAAAGACGCAAUAUAUCUGUAAACCAUUAACACUAUCGAUAGAUAUAAGUUGAAAACUAGUAGCUGAUAUUACAUCAUGGUUAAAAAAAAAAAGAAACUUUGAUUCAGUAGUUAUAAUAUCAGAUGUUAAUGUUAUGGUUCAUUAUUUAAACGUAUUUUUUGGUGUAUUAGAUUUCUUAAUGUCGAAGACUUUGGUUGAUGAAAAAAAUCUUGCUUCUUAAAAAUUGGGGCGAAGGAUCUGAAUCUUUUUCAAAGGCCUCAAAGCGCACCAGUUGAACUUAAGCAAGAAACCGAUCAUUGCUACUCUGAAAUUUAUGGUAACUAUCACUUCAGUUUACUAACAAGGAUCUGGAUCAUACAAUCAAGGCAUCUGUCAGGCAAUUUUGUAUAAAAUCCUGUAAAUUAUAAUGAUAUUUCAUAAUGACCUGUACAUAUAUAUA